UGCACGGGCCGCCGUUCUCUCAAAAACUAUGAUAUCUAUGCGUCAGCUGAAUCUUGGCGCAGAGUUUGGUCGCGCGUAAUGAGCAGGGCUGCACGAUUAGGAGACACCUGAGGAAUUUGUGCAUGGGGCCAAGGUGGGACGGUUCAGCCUCGUGAGCACACAGCGUGCGCGCUCCUGCCUCCAUAUCACUGACACCUCAAUUAAUUCCGCGGUUCCACGAGAAAGACAUGCAAUGCGGGACACGCAGAGAGGAAAAGCUCCGAACAUGCACGCCGACAACCAUCAAACGACACCCACCACUUGUUGUAGUGUUUAGCUCGUCCGGUAUCCAAUAUUGAUUCCGAGCGCCAGCUUUGUCGCGACUUAUUAACGGCGCAACUCUUAUCCCGUCUGUGUUUGCACCCUGCAGUCAGUGGCCGGGGACGCACGUUGUAAAAUGAGGUUGGGAAGCAUCAUUUUAUUCGUCGCUCUCUGCUCUUUCACCGCCUAUUAUAUUUAUGAGCCCAUUCCCGAGGAGAUAGAGGAGAGAUGGAAACUCAUGCUGACCAACUCUUUCUUCAGAAGUCUCAGCCACCUGGCAGACCUCAGUGAAUUGCUGGGGCUGAAGGACUACAUGGGGGUCAUGUACAUCAUUACUCUGUUAGAAAAGGUGGUGCCCGUGUCCGAUGAACAUGUCAAGGUGACGGAGGAAAAGUUCGACGGAGUAGAGGUGGUGCUGUACCAGCCAAACCACCGGGUCGGAGACGUUGAUCUCAGGAGGGCUGUCAUAUACCUGCACGGUGGAGGAUGGUGUCUGGGGAGUUCCCGGAUGAGUCCAUAUGAUCAGUUGGCCAGAAAAAUGGUCACAGAUCUAAAUGCAGUGGUUCUUUCUGUAGAGUACCGCCUCGCCCCUGCUCACCACUUUCCCGUCCCAUAUGAGGAUGUGUACCGUGUGGUCAAACACUUCCUCCAGAAGGGGGUGCUGGCCCAGUACUCUGUGGACCCACGACGCAUUGCCGUGUCUGGGGAUAGUGCUGGAGGGAACCUGGCGGCUGCAGUUUCCCAGCAGUUACAAAAAGAGCCCGGGCAGCAGAUACAGUUAAAGGCCCAAGCACUCCUCUACCCCGUGCUGCAGGCUCUGGACCUCAACACGCCUUCCUACCAGCAGAAUCAGGACAUGCCCAUUCUGCCGCGUACCCUCAUGGUGCGCUUCUGGAGCGAGUACUUCACUACUGACAAGGCCCUCUUCAGAGCAAUGAUGGCCAACACCCACAACAGCCCCGAGUCCUCGAGCCUGCUGAAGUUUGUCAACUGGAGCACCUUCCUGCCAGAAACGUAUCACAGAAAGUACAACUACAGCGCCCCCGCCGUGGCGCAGGGAGUCGGAGGAGACGCGGUCGCGAUGGAGGGACCGUCUCGAUCUUUCGCUGACCCGAGGGCGUCCCCCCUGCUGGUGCCGGAUGCGUCCUUGCGCUCUCUGCCCACGGCCUACAUUCUGACAUGUGAGUAUGACGUGCUCCGAGAUGACGGGAUUAUGUACGUCACACGGCUCCGCGCUGCUGGCGUCGAGGUGACACACCAGCACUACGACACGGGAUUUCACGGAGCGCUGAUGUUCACCGUGUGGCCAACUGACUUCCUGAUCGCACGUCGUAUGACAGACAACUACAUCAAAUGGCUCAAGGAAAAUUUGUAAAAAAACAAACAAACAAACAAAAGAAACUCCUGACUAUCAGUAGUUAUUCCAGUUUUUCCACACAAUCUGUGAAGUGUUUGCUUGGGUACGAAUCUUUCCCAUCUGGUGUUAAAUUUUUUGUGGUGUAUUUUUUUGUUGUUUUCCUUUGGCCAUGCUAUACUCGUGUAAAUAUGUUGAGGACUGUAUUAAUUUUAUCAACAGAAGUUAAUAAUUUUUUUCACAUAUGGUAGUUUGAGUGCGGCGCGUCAUGAAUGGGGGAGAGACGCCAUAAUUGAAACUUUUUCACUUUCCACUAUUUUACUCUGAAAAAACGCUACUACAUAUUGAAUACUUCCAGGCUGAUGAUGAUUCUUCUUUGAUGGUGGCUCGUCCGUACAUUUAAGGAUGCAGAGUACUGGACUGGCCACGUGCAACUUGGUGGUAUCAAGAGAAAACAAGUACGAUAACCAGAACGUGUUACUUUUUGAGCAUCUCCCCCCGACAAUAGUAGUGUUAUGUUGGCUUAUUAAACACAGUUCAACUGUAAAGAUCAAACUCACUAAAGUUGUAUGUUUAUUUUAAGCUGGAUUGCUGACCCGGUAUGGUGCUCCUUUUUAUUGUUUCCCAGCACACAACUUGCUAUCUGAUCCUAUAUCCAUUGGGUCAAUAUUAGUACUAGUAGUUAGAAACGCAUAUUGUUGAAAAUUUGAACUAUCCCAUUAGGGGUUUAAGAACCCAGUAUAAGUCUUGGCAAUGCAAGAAAACAUUUUCACAGCAGCCUGUUUGGUCCAAAGUUAACAUUUAUCACUCGGUGCAGCUCAUACUGAAACCUAAGAUUUGUUUUGAUGUGUUAGGACCAUACCUCACAUUUCUGAUCCGACAUCAAAGUGUUAUCUUGGUAAAUUCAACGCAUUUUCUCGCAAGGAAAGGACUAGUCGCGUAACCCCUAUGUGGCACACGGCGACAUGCUUGGAGGGGUGGCGAUUAGUGUGAAACACAGAAUGAAUGGCGUCUUCGUCACUUCAUCACAAAAAGAAAUAGAAAAUCUUUUUCUUUCUACAAACAUGAACCAUAUCAAGGCUACGAACACCGGAAUAUGACAUUCCACGCAGAAUAUUAGUAUUUACGAGUAAAGACCAUGCACGCGCCAUGCAUACACACAUACAGUGUACACUGAUCAGCCACAACAUUAUGACCACUGACAGGUGAGGUAAAUAACAUCAAUCAUCCUGGGACACUGCAAUUUUCUGCUGGGAAACUUGUGGCCCUGGCAUUUGAACUGAUGUUACUUAGAGAAUUACCACCCGCCUAGACCAGGCCAGACACCCCCAUCCCAUAGCAAUGACACAUGCAGCCCCACACAGGUACACACAAAAAUGGUUUAGGAACGACUCAAACAACACGAAAAGCAACACAAGGUUUUGACCUGUUCUCCAAAUUCACCAGAUCCCAAACUGAUCAAGUAUCUUUGGGAUGCACUGGAACAAGCCUGAUCCACAGAGACCCCUCCUCUCAAACCUUAGGAACCCCCACCCGACUAACCCUCAGAAGGCCCAUGUCCAUUCUGUGAUGUAUCUGAACUAUUUUGGAGGCACAAAAGAGAUGUACACAAUCUCAAUAAGGUGGUCAUAAUGUUAUGCUUGAUUGACAAGCGAUGUAGCAAUGUGGCAAAGAGAGGGAUAUUUUUUUUAUUUGGAAUUUGGUAAAACAUUUUAUUUGGAGCCUUAACUUUUACAAAAUUUUAUUAAAUCUCACCUCUUUUGUUCAAGCACUACUAGGAACAACAAUAACAGUCAAUGAAUUGUAAACGUGACUCAUAUCAGCGACAGUAGGUAGUGACGGAGUCUGCAGCCGUUAGAGGAAGUUGCCAGUGCGAGACGAAGUGCCAGUUUGAUAGUAAACUUUGUAACAUGGAACAGUGUGUAGACAGAGGAUUAUAUGGCUAAUUUCAGUGUGGUCACAUCCCUGGUCUGCACAUUUGCGUUAUUUGUUCGUCAAACAGUCCCUCAUGUCUGUAGAAAACAUGCUGCUGCCCCUCCCUCAAGGCUCAGCAAUCAUGUGAGGUGGCUUAAAACCGUUCUCUGUGCACAGGAUAUAUAAUAGCUGUUUUAACACUGUUCUUUAUCCUUUACUGAUCACAAACAGCUACACUACAGUUGCUAUGUUCAUUUUUUUCCCCCUCGUGUAUGUAAUAACAGAGCAACCUUUUACUCAAACACUUAAACAUUCUCAUGUGUACAUAUGACUAUUCCUGUUUUUGUCUUUGUUUCCGUCUUGGAGCGUGUAUGAUUUUUAAUUUUGACGUUAUCUGACAAUAAAACAACAUUUCCAGACUGA